AUGUUCCCGAAGGACAUUAGGAAUGUUAACAGUGCGUCCAAAGUUCACCGAAGCCUGACAUGCAAUGGGCGAAUGCGUGCUCAGUGUUGCGAAGUCAAAAACUACGCUCAGCUUAAGCUGUACUUUACUUGCGAUUGCUGUUUGAUGGCACCACCUACAUUACCCGACAGUAAAGCGAAUUGCCAGCGACUGACAAACAUGACGCGACGUGCGUUGCAAGCGGAGGGGGAUGGUGACAGGCGAUAUGACGAUUUCAAUCACACACAAAAUACAAAUAUCAAGGGGACACCUGUGAAGCUUAAUACUUUGACUCAAAACCUGCGCAGCGGCAAAAAAAUCACA